AUGUCAGUGGAUAAACAACUGCCGGAUAUCCAAGUAGACCUUAGCACAAACGUGGAACCGUCGAGCAACAGCGACAUCAACCUUGCAGGAAGUAUAGACAGCAAAGAUGACAGAGAUAUUGAUGUCCCGAGUCCAGUGGAUGCUGCUUCUCGAUCGCGACCCAGCUUUGAGUCGAUUAGCACAAACGAUUCGCUGACAACCACCACCACUACGACUGGGAUCCGAAGAUUCCCGUUUAGCAUGGAUUCUAAGUCCGGAUCAGUGGACUAUUCUCCAUUGGGGAACAAUUCUAUCUUUGAGCUGGUUAUGAACACGAGAAGGAAAGACUGGCUACGAAUGCCCUCAAGUUUGGAUAUCCCGCCGGUAAGUUUAUCGAAGAACAGUAUAGCAGGAAACUGGAAAGAGACGAUAGAACACUAUGUCAAGGAGAUAAAGGACGAGGAGGUGACAUUUAAGAGUAGAAAUAACUUAAGGAAUAUGAACAAGCUGGAGCAAGUCAGGCAACUGAGUGAGGAUGAUGGAGAACGAAAUACGUCUGAUUCUUCAGCAAACCCUAAUGCCGAUGAUGAAAGCAUGAAGCUUGUUAAGCAGAUUCCUGACUUUUAUUUUGAGAAGGCUUUCCAGUUAGACAAUGAGAGAAUUUUCAAUAAGAUUAUAGAAGACGUGGACAUCUCAUUAGAGAGUCUCAGGGCGCGCAACGGUCAAGAGAGGGAUAAUGCGUACAUUCAGCUCAAAGAUAAACUAAACGGGUAUUUGGAUGCAGUUGAGUUUCUAUUAGUUACUGAGAUCUCUAAAUCGUCGCACAAAUUUUUCCACGCGCUGGGUGAGGUUGAACAUAUCAGAGAGAAGGCGGCUGAAACCGUUGUUGAUUUACAAAAACUGUCCAAGCAUUUGCAGAAGGAGGACGAGGAAGUUCUCCAAAAGAAGAUCAAGAAUAUAGAGCUGAUACACAAGCGGAAAAAUGUUGAAAAGUUGGAACAAGGUUUACUUCAGGUAAAGUUUGUCGUUGAUAAAGUCGAGGAGUGUAAAAGUAAAUUUGAACGAGACGAACUAGAAGAGUGUCUGGAAUUGAUAAAGUCAAUUGACAGUCUGAUAAAGGGUAACCCUAAUUCUGACGAGCGUGUCGAUUCCUGGACGGAUAACUGGCCGUAUAAACUUCUGGACAUCAGAUCUGUUCCGGCGCUGCUGGAGACAAGGGAGUUUUUGACUAAUAUGCAGAUUGAAAUUGGGGGUAAGUAUUCUUUACAAUUGGCACAAAUAUUACUGACUGAUCUAAAGAAUGCGUACCAGGAUAUAGAUGUCUACGAGAUUGCGAAAAGGAUCCAAUCGGGAAAGCCUGAGAAAAAUGCUUUGGAAUUUGGUGAGGAUUUCCAAAAAUCAAUCAGAGACGUUAUUGUUAAGUUAAACCAGUGCGAAGAACUCACGAGCUCGUUUGUAUUUUAUUUGGAUAAAGCUAUGGUUGAAGUGAAGAAUAUUAUAAAGAAUUACUUGCCGCACGAAAAGACGCCGCCAUCGACAACCGCAGAUCGUUCUUUGGAGUCGAUUUCUGAAAGGUCUGAAUCGGCUACACCCCUAGCACCCUCAUCUGGGUCGAAACUAUCGAAGCUUCUGAAGGAGCAAACACCAUUAGAGUUCCAAAACAUGCUAAUGACGAUAUUCAUUACUGCAAUUGAGGCCUUGAAGCGUCUGUACAAGCAUCAGAAAUUACUACUGGAUAUCUCUUUAAGAGAGAUCAAUUCGGUGGACAUGACCAGCGAAAACCAGCACAAUAUGAUCACACAACUAGAUAUCAGGACGGGCCUGAACGAUAUAAUCCACGUUGUACAAUUGCGUAUGGGUAAAGUGAUCGCUGUUAGAAGGGAGCUCACUGCAACAUUGCGGCACGAUCAUUUCUUGAAGCUCUACGCUGUAUGCGUUCUGUUUAUCCAAGAAUGCGAGUCCCUCAGUGGUGAGUUCUUGACCAAGUACCUGAGCGAUGUCUUAUCGGCGCAGAUCAAGAACUACAUUACAAUCCGCGACUCGAGGAACAUCCGGACGAUUCAGAAAAAACUUGAGUUGGAGAGCUGGGUCCCCUUCAUUGUGCCACCCUGUGUGCAGAAGGACGUCAACGACAUUGUAUCGUGUACGGAUAUCGACCCGAUUGACUGGACUGACGUGUUGCUUUUGACGAAACAUGACCGGGACGAGACGGACGCCGAGGACGCCGAACGUAAUGGCAAUAGUGAGCCGAGCACAGCGGCAGCACCCACGGGCAACACUGGGAACCGUAAGUCUGUUGUUGUCGGGGACAAGACGUUUGUGGCGAGCGACUCCCUUCUGGCGACGAUCGACCUCGUCAAGGAACUGCUGAUCCUCUCGACCAACCUGCCAACGCUGUAUUUGCCGUACUUCGAGCGGAUGUCCUACAACGUGCUCCGGUACUUCAACAGCUACGCAAUCGGGACAGUGACACUACAGGGCACCAGGACGCUGGCACAGUCGGGCAAGAACCUGUCCAUCCUGGGUGAAACGCUGGACUGUCUCGCCGAGUUUGGCGUUGUCGUCCAGAAGUUCUACCAGAGACUGGCCAGCGGAACUAAAGAUUUCAAGCCGUACGAACCAGCCCGCUACGUGGCCCUCGCCCAGCAGUACAGGGACUCCUCAGAGCUCAUCUUCCAAGCAAGAGCACCCCCGCCGCCCAUGUAG